AGCUGUGCUAGGGGAGAACUCUUGCUGAGUUUUUGCCAGCUGCUUCUUUUCCCUGACACAGCUUGAGAGGCACCUUUGCUGCAAUGGGGUGGCAAAAAGAUGUUCUUGCUACUUUUGAGGAGCACCUGAGAAUCAGAAAUAAGCUAAUGCGGCAAGCGCUGGCUGAGUGCCUGGGGACACUGAUUCUGGUGCUGUUUGGCUGUGGCUCUGUUGCACAGACCAUGCUCAGCAAAGGGUCUCACGGAGGCUUCCUGACUGUUAACCUGGCCUUCGGCUUUGCGGUGACGCUCGGCAUUUUGAUCUCAGGACAGGUGUCAGGUGGACACUUGAACCCAGCUGUCACUUUUGCCAUGUGCUUCUUGGCCCGGGAGCCCUGGAUCAAGCUACCAAUUUAUGCCCUGGCUCAAACACUGGGGGCUUUCCUAGGAGCUGGCAUUGUCUUUGGGCUGUACCAUGAUGCUAUCUGGGCUUUUGGCAAAAACCAGCUGUAUGUAACAGGACAGAAUGGCACUGCUGGUAUCUUUGCCACCUAUCCAUCUGAGCAUCUGAACAUUGUGAAUGGAUUCUUUGACCAGUUCAUUGGCACUGCCUCCCUGAUUGUUUGCGUCUUGGCUAUUGUGGAUCCCUACAACAACCCUGUCCCCAUAGGGCUGGAAGCUUUCACAGUUGGCUUUGUUGUCCUUGUUAUUGGAACCUCCAUGGGCUUCAACUCUGGCUAUGCUGUCAACCCUGCCAGGGACUUUGGGCCUCGCCUCUUCACAGCCAUCGCUGGAUGGGGUACUGAAGUGUUCUGGACUGGUAGGCAGUGGUGGUGGGUCCCAAUUGUCGCUCCUUUCCUUGGUGCCAUUGCAGGAGUGAUGGUCUAUCAGCUGAUGAUUGGAUGUCAUGAUGAGCCUUCUCCACCUGCCUCUGAGCAGGAAACAGUCAAGCUGGCUAAUGUGAAGCACAAGGAAAGGGUCUGAGAAAGCUGCCACCCAGGUCUGGCAGACACACAUUACUCAGGACUGCAGUCAGCAAAGAGGAGAAAGAAGUCGAGGAGAGCUUCAAGAACAACAGGAAGAGCUUUUUGUUUGUUUGUUCCCCCUCCCUCCCGCCAUCUUGAAAUCUUCUAGCCUAGUUUCUUUGUACAUCCCUGAUGCAUUUGCUUUAGACACUUUUCCUGUGACCUGUUCCCCCAAAUACAAAGAUAUCACGUGAUCUUUCCCUAAUAAAAGGGGAUUGAGGACUGUAGGAGUCAGAGGUGGGCAUUGCUGUCCAGUGCCUCUAAUGCAGGCUGGGCAUUCAGCAUCUGCAGCUCUCCUGGGCUAUGUUGCUGCUUGGCGUGUUAGCUUGGCAAACUGCUUCCCUCCAAAUCUCUGUUCCCAUCUGCAGAGUGGGAAUAGUGCAAAAAGUAACUUUGCUAUCAUGGAAUGGAAACCUCUACAUCCUGAAAAAAGAAAUCAGCAUGUGUUUCAAUGAUGGAUCAAAUUAAUGUUUGGUGUAGCUCUAAAGUCAUUGACUUGACACCAGGAGUGAACCUGUCUAAAAGAUUUUAUUUGGCCAGACUUUUCUUGCCUCCCAGGAACUCCCAGAAGAUCGUAUCAGUUGGUUGAUCCAUAAUGUCAGAGCAGAGUGUGAGAAUGCACUGGAUUUUAACUUAAUGUUAAGAUGUUUACAAACCACUGCACCCUGAUGUUUUAAUCACAAUUUUUAAUAUUGCCACAUCACAGAAGAUAACACAUAAGAAAUCCUUGUUUUAGCCCGGGGCUAACCUGGUAAGAAAGUUUGGCUCCCUGUAGCAGCCUUUCUAAUCAAUCCACUUUGUAUAUAAACUGCAGUCAGCUAAUAGCCGAGUUCCACUGAAAACACGGUGUCGCUAAGGUUGUGUGCGUUCACGUAAGUUUCACAACAGUGUGUUUUGUUUUGUUUUUUUAUAGAGAUGUAUAAAUGUACUCCUUAAAGCUGUUACUAAAUAUCAGGGUUGGGAUGAGUUGAUUUAAAGAUCUGUGGGAACUGCCUAGUCUGACAGCUUUGAGAUACUGUUGGAUUUUCCUGGGAUAGUUGUAGCUUAUGGCAUUGUGCUCUUGGAGCAUCCUGUUUUCUACCUGGCAGUGUUACUGGGGUAGCCUUGAUAUUCAUGGCCCUUUUACGACAGAACUUCUAUGGAGGUGCCAGCUGUUCAGGCACCUCCUGUACUGGCUCCUGUACAGUGCUGUGAUGUUGGAGGAUCCCAGGUGCUCUCAAUGCCAUGUUAUUACAGCAUAUUUGAAAUGAGCAGUACCGGCUGUGAAAGAAUCUGUGGGUCCCAUGGCACUGCCUUAGAGAAACUCUUUCAAAGCCCAUUUCUUUAAUGCAUGAAUUCCCUCAAAUGCGUAACUUUGUACACAUUUCCAGUCACUAAUAUGAUGUAUUCUUUUUUUGCCAUUUAAAAAAAAUAAAAUGUCAAUACCCACACUUUAAAA